CACACACUCACAGCCUCCGCGCAUCAUUGAAGGGAAACCUCGCUGACGCUGUUGCCGGUCAGUCUCACCGCCUGUCCGCUGGAGAACAGCACACUAGCCUCUAUCAGCCUCACUCCACCACUGUACCUCCUCUGGUCUCCGGCGUCUCUGAAGCUAAACGUUCUGUUCAAAGCGACCAUUAUAUUGUUUCCUCUGUCCCUGAUCCGAGAGCAAACGCAUGCUGGACAGCGUAAGAAGACGGAGGGAAACCAGCCGCGACUCAUGGAUGUAGAGCGCAUCAUGAGAAUACUACAACUGCCAACAAGGGAGGACCUGGCAUGGACCGCUGUGUCUAAAUGAAGUGGUUCAGCCAUGCAAUGUUCCUGGAAGGCAGUGAUUCUGCUGGCCUUGGCCUCCAUUGCCAUCCAGUACACAGCCAUCCGGACUCUCACCUCCAAGCCUUUCCAGCUGUGUCCAUUGCCCAGCCCCCAGAACUGUGGUCUGGGUGGCCAAGACACAGAACCUCCCUUUGAACGGGGAGCACCAGGCAGUGGAGGCUGCGAUGACUACCCAUACUUUUCUAUCAAUGCCACACGAAAAACUCAUAUCCUGGUCCUGGCCACCACUCGCAGUGGCUCCUCCUUUGUGGGUCAGCUGCUCAACCAGCACCAGGAGAUUUUCUACCUGUUUGAGCCUCUUUAUCAUGUUCAGACUACACUGAUUCCACGUCUGUCCCACAGCCGCAACCCUGCAGACCGACGUGUUACACUGGGUGCCAGUCGAGACCUCCUGCGUAGUCUGUAUGGUUGUGACCUCUAUUUUCUGGAGAGCUACAUCAAACCAACACCCACAAACCACACUACGGAUAAACUGUUUCGCCGUGGUGCCAGUCGAGCAUUGUGCCAGCAGCCUGUGUGUGAUGCCUUUGGCCCUGCUGAUGUCAAUGUGGAGGAAGGUGACUGCAUUAAGAAAUGUGCAGCUCUAAACAUGACGUUAGCAACCGAAGGAUGCCGUGAGAAGCGGCAUGUGGCCAUCAAGAUUGUUCGAGUGCCGGAGAUUGGAGAUCUACGUGCUUUAGUGGAAGACCCGCGGCUUAAUAUUAAAGUCAUUCAAUUGGUCAGGGACCCACGUGGUAUUUUAUCAUCACGGAUUGAGACAUUCAGGGAUACGUAUCGCCUGUGGCGUAUUUGGAGGGCCACGGGGAGAAGGCCCUAUAAUCUAGACAUGAGUCAGCUCACUGUUGUCUGCGAAGACUUUCUCAAUUCUGUUUCAACCGGUCUCAGCCACCCCUACUGGCUGAAAGGGAAGUACAUGUUGGUUCGCUACGAGGAUUUGGCUCGAAAUCCACUUCUCAAGACAAAGGAGAUCUAUGAUUAUCUGGGGCUGCCCAUGGAUAAAAAUGUGGAAGACUGGAUUCAUGUAAACACUCGGGGCAGCAAUGAGCCCUCAGCGAAACACAAGUUUGGGACCGUAAGAGAUUCAGCAGCCAAUGCGGAGAGUUGGCGUUUAAAACUGUCAUAUGACAUGGUAGAGUACACACAGACUGUAUGUCACAAAGUACUUAAACAGCUGGGAUAUAAAGCUGUGAAAUCAGUGGAGGAACUGAAAAAUAUGUCCCUCUCACUGGUACAGGACAAAGCUUUUGUACCUUUUUUGUAACAAGGAUAGUUCUCUAAUGACUAUUUUUGAUACAUUGAUAAUUGUUGCCUUAUGGGUUCCUUAGUUUGUUGAUUUUGUUCCUGUAAUUUUGUUUCUUCAAAUUUGCACUAAACUUUAAAGACUCUGAAUGCACCAAGGGAACAAUGAAUUAUUCCCCAAUGUUACAGAUCAGCACACUUAAAACACAAAGUAAUUACAUGAGCUAAUUUAACUAUGUCUUAUUAUUUUUCCAUCCAUAGAAUCAAGGUAAAGCACUGUCAUUCAUGUAUGGUUGCUGUUGUUUUAACACAACUAAAAUGUUCCCCUUCAAAACAUGGAAUUGGGGCCGGUAGAGGAUAUAUAUAUAUAUAUAUAUAUUUUUUUUUUUGUUAUACCUGUCAUGGCAAAUUUGGACUGUACAUGCCCUACUGUGCAAUAAAUAGUGAAUGUUACAUUCAACCUUUA